CUUUCCAGAAAGUCGCGUGGUUCUCGUUUCUCCGGUUUUCGCUCGGAAAAAUCGUCCGCUGCCGUGUAAAAGUCUUGUGCAAAAAUCAAAGCCUCGUGCGUUUGUGGCUGCUAUCAUCCUCAAAACACUUUUUUGUGUUCAUAGAAUAAUCUCAAAACCCUGCUAAAAAAAUGGCCUCAAAGCGUCUGAUUCCCCUGUUGGACCGCGUCUUGGUGAUGCGAGCGGAAGCCCUCACUAAAACCAAGGGCGGUAUUGUUCUGCCCGAGAAGGCCCAGUCAAAGGUGCUGGAGGGCACGAUCGUUGCUGUCGGACCAGGAGCCCGUAAUGCCAAGACCGGACAGCACGUCCCAUUGGCGGUGAACGUCGGCGAGAAGGUCCUGCUGCCCGAGUACGGUGGCACCAAGGUCGAUCUGGGCGAUACCAAAGAGUACCAUCUGUUCCGCGAGGCGGACAUUCUUGCCAAAAUCGAAUAAUACAAAGAGUACAGAGGCGCUCAUCAAAAGAAGAGGCCGAAUAUCAUCCGCAUUCGGCAUCCGACGAGGAAGGGAGAACUGGUCGAGGUACGACUUUAGUUUCUGUAACUUAGGGCUUAAGACAAGCGAGGGAGGGGUUCUUUUGUUUUCAAAAGAAGGACAUAUUUUAACUUAAGAUGAGGAUUAAUCGUUCCGUGUGAUUUGAGAUUUGAGUGAGUCAGUGGUCCCCCGCGGAACACGAAGCAUUUGCAUUUAGGUCGAUCAACUUUUGGCGACGUGUUUCCGUACUGGUUUUCGAUAAGUUUCGGUUGUGUGGACCACCAAAGUUUGCCACAUUGGAAGUAAAUUUUGCUGCUCCUUCCAUGAUUGAAGCUUUUCCUCUUCUCUGGGGACGACCUGGAGGUUCCUGCUCUCUCUCUGUGUUGAGGUAUCGUUUAUACUUGCUAGGUUACUGAUACGGGUGGGAGAGGGAUUUCCCGUCUCGAAGACGGGCGCUGGGGGAAGAUUGCACGAACGAGCGGCGAGAGGAGUUUGAAGCGAGUGAACUGACGUUAUUCCUAGACAUUAAGAAGUACGAUUCUAGUAGUUUAUUUUCUGUUGAAUAAAAAAUAAAAU